AACGGCUCAGACCCUUCCCUGUCAAUUCCCUACAUCACUGACUGGGAUGUGGUCUCAAGACAGAAAAAAAGAGAGACGGGACAGGGAGAGAGAAACAGGCAAAGACGGAGAGAGAAGUCCCGUAACUCCAAAGUCCAGAAGCUGAGGCUUUUCAGGAAGGACACAGGAUGGAACUUUUGCAGAAGUGGUGGCUCAUCCUCUGUUGCCUCCUGGCCUGGGCUGAUGCAGCCCCCAUGUAUGGCGAGAUUCUGUCCCCUAACUAUCCUCAGGGGUACCCCAAUGAUGUGAAGGAGUCCUGGGAAAUCAGUGUCCCCCCAGGGUAUGGCAUCCGCCUCUAUUUCACCCACCUAGACAUAGAGCCAUCCCAGGACUGCGAGUAUGAUUCUGUGAAGAUCCUGUCCGGUGACCAUGUCGAGGGCCUGCUCUGUGGUCGAAAGCGCAGCAGAGACCCUGGUUCCCCAAUCCUGAAGGAAUUCUAUGUCCCUUAUAACACCCUGACUGUGACUUUCCAGUCAGACUUUUCCAAUGAGGAGCGUUUCACUGGUUUCACUGCCUACUAUGUUGCAGUGGAUGUGAAUGAGUGCAUGGAUUUCAAGGAGGAUGCCUGCAGCCACUAUUGCAAUAACUACAUUGGUGGUUACUUCUGCUCCUGCCCCCCAGAGUACUUCCUGCAUGAGGAUCAGAAGACGUGUGGAGUGAACUGCAGUGGGAGUGUAUUCACUGAGCUGUCAGGGGAAAUCUCCAGCCCCAACUACCCCAACCUGUAUCCUGAGAGCUUGUACUGUGAAUACCGUGUGGUCCUGGAGCCGGGCUACCAUGUGGUGCUGAACAUCAGGAGUGGGGACUUUGAUUUAGAACCGGCCGACUCAGAAGGGAACUGCCCCGACAGCUUAACAUUCACAGACGGAAAACAACAUUUUGGUCCCUAUUGUGGCAACAAAUUCCCAGGGCCUCCAAAAAUUAAAACCAGGAGCAAUAUUCUUGAUAUUAUCUUCCAAACAGACAAAACGGCACAAAAGAAAGGCUGGAAAAUGCGCUACUUUGGGGACCCAAUAACCUGUCCCCAGACUGUCACCCCAAACUCUAUUCUUGACCCCCUGAAGGACAACUACAUCUUCAAGGACUAUGUGAAGGUGACCUGCAUGGAAGGUUAUGAGGUUGAGAUGCAACAAGGCAGCCUAGCAGCCUUUCACUCCAGCUGCCAAAGCAAUGGAGAAUGGAGCAACUCGCACCACAAAUGUGUCCCUGUGAACUGUGGUGUCCCUGACACUAUUGACAAUGGCAAAGCCACCUACCUGUCAGGAUUUGAGGAGACUCAGUAUGAAGCUGUUAUCCGCUAUGGCUGCGAAGAACCAUAUUAUACCCUGCAAACCAGAGGGGAUGGGCUUUAUCGGUGUUCAGCCAGCGGGAAAUGGGUGAGUGAAGAGAUGGGAACAGAGCUUCCAGUGUGUGUUCCAGUCUGUGGGAUCCCCAGUACACCCAUCGAGGAGCAGCAGAGGAUUUUUGGGGGCACCCGUGCUAAGCCAGGCAACUUCCCCUGGCAGGUCUUAUUCCAACACCCACGGGGAGGUGGGGUACUUAUUUCAGACCGCUGGGUGCUGACUGCAGCUCAUGUGCUGGAUGAUUCAAAUAGCAAGCCCACAAUGUAUGCUGGGGUGACCAACAUCAACCAACAGCUCCAGAAGGAGGAGCCCAUACAGCUGUUUGAAGAAGAAGUGUUCAUUCACCCUAACUGGAUGAAGGUGGCAAACCCAGAAGCUCGGACAAAUUUUGAUAAUGACAUUGCGCUGCUGAAGCUGAAGGUGCCUGUGAAGAUGGGCCCCAAGAUCUCACCACUCUGCCUCCCUGGUGGUUCCCCUGAAUAUGAGCUGGAGAAAGGCAGACUGGGCUACAUAUCUGGCUGGGGCCGGACAGAGAACCGAAGCAGAGUCUACCAUCUCAUGAAGGCGCAGAUCCCCGUGGUGGACAUGGCACAAUGCCGUAGUGUGAAGCCGAAGCCACCUGCUGAUUCCACCACUUUCCAAUUCACUGACAACAUGGUCUGUGCUGGAGAUGGCACAAAGGACAGCUGUUCUGGGGACAGUGGCGGAGCCUAUGCCAUCAAAGACCCCCACAAUGACAAACAGUACUAUGUGGGUGGCCUGGUCUCCUGGGGACCACAGUGUGGCACGUAUGGCCUUUACACCAGAGUGGGGCGUUACCGGGACUGGAUCAUAGGGACCAUGAGCAGAUAUGAGGAGGGAGAGGGAUCACACAAAUAGAUUCUUCUCACCCUAGGGCACUGCCAUCUCACCAGGUGUUGAGGUCAGAUGUCCCAGCAGAUUGGCUGACCUUUGAUCCCAUCUACUCUUUGUGCAACAGACCCAACUGCAUUGUGGCUGUGCCAGAGUAGGGAGUCAGAAACAAUGAGUUAUCUAUUGCAUUGUAACUACAUCAAGGAGGGGCAUCUCUCUUCCUUCCUCCACUGGAAUUGCCAGGGCAGGAACAGAGAGUGUGAAGGGUAAAGAGGCCCUUUUUUACCUUUACCCAUAACAUUCUUUGCUCAAAUUCCUUGGUUUUCAGAGAGAAGCUAGCCAUGCCCCAUCCACAUGAUAGCUCUGAGGCUGAAACCCAUCAAUGGGGACAAUAGAGGGUAAUUGCUGGUCUGCAAGGACUAGGUUCAGAGCCUAGCCAACUAAUAGAAGAGGGGCUGCUCCUUCUCCUCACUGGCACAACAACAGCUCACUGACUUCCGACUCAUGUAUUCUCUGUAUCACUCACACUAUCUAAUUGCAUUAAAGGAUCACCAAAUCACC